GUCAGUCUUUUUGGAACAUCCGGGAGGGACCUGAGCAGAACAGCUGUUAGAAAUGUGGAAGCUUUUCCAAAGAGCUGGGAAGCUGAAGAGGAAACUAAACGAUUGAUAAGAAAAAUCUUGUUAGGACCAACUGUAGUAACCAAUGGAAGACCCCUUGGAAAGAUCAAUUCAAAUGUGCCAUGAAAAUAGUCAGUGGAUGUCACAACUUUCAGAAAAUCUCUGGGAUGUACCUCUCUAUAACUUAUCCCUUCCAGGAAGUCAUGACACGAUGAGUUACUGCUUGGAUAAAGUUUCACCUGUAAGUGAAAAUGAAUCAAAACUGCUGAAGUUUGUAGAUAAAUGUGCUCCCUGCAUUGUACGCCCUAUUAUUAUGAAGUGGUCCACAACACAGGUACAAAAUCUGACAGAACAACUGAAUGCUGGGAUUAGAUAUUUGGAUUUGAGGAUUGCACAUAAAUCUCAUGACCCUUCUAUGGAUUUGUACUUUGUACACAUGAUAUACACCAGCGUGUCUGUAGAGGAUGUUCUGUGGGAAAUUUCAAAGUGGUUGCAGAGCCAUCCUUGGGAGGUUGUUAUCUUAGCCUGCAGGAAUUUUGAUGGACUGAGCAGGAUCCAUCAUUGUCAUCUUGUCUCCUGUAUAAAACGGAUUUUCCAUUGUAAGCUGUGUCCCAGAGACGUGGUUCCAACACUACGGAAUAUGUGGGGCAAAGGAUACCAGGUGAUCAUUUCAUACGAUGAGGUAUCUGAAUUAAUGAAACACUUUGAACUGUGGCCUGCAGUUCCCUACUGGUGGGGAAAUAAGUCUACAACCAAAGCUCUUAUCCAGUACUUGGAACAUAUGAAAAAGAUGGGACGUCCAGGAAAAUUCUUUGUUGCAGGGAUAAACCUUACUGGAGAUUUGCGGUACAUUCUGUCGCAUCCAUUUUUAUCUUUGAAGACAAUGACUCUCCGAAGCCUUCCACGCCUGAAUGUCUGGGUAAAGCAACAGUGUCCAGGAACAAAGAAGGACUGUACUAACAUUAUUGCUGCAGAUUUCAUAGGAGAUGAUGAUUUUGUCAAAAAUGUGAUAAAACUCAACAAAAAACUUAACUCACCAGUGAUAGAACUCAACAAAAAACUUAACAGUACAUAGCCACGGUCCCAAUAUUGGCUCAAAGGAUCUCUCGUUUUUCUCAACUUUUUAACCUUGAAAAGGCUGAGUAAUCAUUUUGUCUACACUUAUGUCUUACCAGAAAGGCACAACUCAACAUACACUUUUUCUUUUAAGGAUUUUUAAUAUGGAUUUAAAUGUUUGCUCGGACAUUUUUGCUUGCACGUAUUUGCAACAUCAACAGCCUUGUACUUGGCACUGGAAAGGGAAACCAAAUAGUGUUUUCAUCAUUCAAAUUGAAUGAAAUGUGAAAAAGUAUUUAUGAACAUUGAAUACACAAUUAGAUUUUAAAAAUAAAUUUGACAGGAUAAGACAUUGUUAUCAUACCUGUAGCUUCACUAAAACUGGUUAAGAAUCUUGGUGUGAUUUCUUCCAAAAUCACAUUGGAAUUUGGUAUCAGGAGAAGAAAUGACAAUGCUGGGUGCUGAACUGAUCCUUCUAGCAUCUUUCUUACAACCUGGUAAGGUGAUUAUUACAUUAUUCAUCAACAGUGUCUGCUGGAACUGAAAGCAAUAUAUAAUGUUCCAGAGGCUAGAUAUUGCUCUCAUUUUAGAGCUGUGCCAGUUCUGCAGGUGAAUUCCAGGUAUCACAACUAGACCCUUAGUAGAAACUUUACCCUUUUAACCUGAAGUGUCUUCUUUUGCUGAUGGGGCAUUGUACAAGUUUUCAGUAAAAUACAAAGAUUUUUCUUAGUAAUGGCAACAGUUUUGGCACUUCAGUUGAAUCACACACUGGGGACUAAAUUCUCUUCUCAUUUACAUUGCUAUAUAUCUCCAGUAUCUUCAUUGUGGAGCUUUUUUUUUUUUUGGUUUAGCCUGUGUAAACUGAAAACCGAUUUAUCCCCUUGUAUUCAUCCAACUAGUUCAUUCAUACUCUUUAAUCUGAACCUACUUAUUGAAAAGUAUGGGUUAUCUAUGCCAUUUACUUUUACACUUUUUUCCUGUGAAUGUUAAGAUGAAUUAUAUUUUUAUUGUAGUUUCUAGGAUAAAUUAUCUGCAAUACAAGUGACCAUGAAUGUGAAGGACAGAUAUCACUGGCUG